CCCUCUCUCUGCUCCCUCCCCCGGGCUGCAGAAGUAGUAGGAGGUUAACGUGACUGUGAGAGCUGUACUUUAAAACAGCACGGCGGGCUGAACUCACACACUCAGACACACUCACAGCAAAGAAAUCGUACUGAAACAAAAGGUCACUGUUGUCAAUCCUUCUGGAUUUCUAAAGGAUCUGGGACAUUAAACAAUUUCCAGAGGGAAAUAUCAGAGACAGGUGUAGGACUGUAAAGGAAGGUACCUGGACUCGCAGCGGAGAUGGAUGCAGGCCCGUUGGCAUCAGUGGCUGAGGGCUCUCCGGAAGGGGAGACUGUGUGUGCCGCUUUGGCCCGCUAUGAAACCACACUGCGGGAUGCUGUGCGGGAGAUCCAUGUGGACGUCAGCGCUUUCAAGCUGGGCAUCGAGCGGAGACUAGAAGAGGCCAUUAAUGUGAGCGGACCUCUGGGCCGGGCCGUGGCACAGCUGCAGCAGGAGAACCGGCAGCUCAGGGGCCAGUUAGAGGCCCUGACCCGCCAGGUAGAGAUGCUUACGGGGUCGGUGUGUGACAGAAGCACACUUCUCACUGAAGGAUCGGCGCCACCGCAGAGCAACAGCAGCAUCGCGGGGCAUCAGUCAUCACUGUCUGCGGCCCCCAACAUAGCAGCUCUAACCAGCUCUGCUUCCAGCCCCACCACCACACGCUUCUCCAGCAGAGCCACCUUCUCCGUCACCAGCAAGACUAAUAGUAUUGAGCGAGAUGAGCCCAUUGAAGUGGAUCCAGCACCAAUUUCCCAUGGCUUGGAGAACGGACACAUAUCCUCAACAGAAAACUCCAUUGAGCCUUUGAGGAGAAGCUCACCCUCCAACGGUGUGUCACAGGAGCACUCAGCCCCUGUUUCCAUGGCGAUGCCACACCUGCCCAUCACAGCAACCACCAAAGUGGCUGACUCUGCAGUUAUGAAAAGUCCUGAGUCACCUGGAAGCCCGAUGCAAGCCAUGCCGUCAGCCAUAACAGAUUCACUGACAAGCAGUCAGCCGGUUACCAACGAUAACCAGCCACAGCUAGAGUCUCCUGCUCAUGCAGUACCGUCUGUGAAAACAUGGGCUCCGACUCCUACCAGGACUAUGGGCUCUCCACGGCUUAGUGAGAAAGCAUCUUCGGCUCCAGCCAAGUCAGUGACUUACUCUGGGCUUUUCCCACACAUUACAGACAGGAAUGUGGAUAUGUCAGAAGAUUUAUCUUUCAGCAAAGGUAUUGAGCGCAGACGGGAGCUUGUGAGGUCCCAGACUUUACCUCGAAACAUUGGAGCCCAGGCUCGCAGGUCCAUUUUUGAGAGGCUGGACUCUGAGAACAACAGUCGACCCAAGCCUGUGGAUUCCAAACCAAAGCUGAAACGUUCUCAGAGCUUUGGCGUGUCCAGUGCCAGCAGUAUCAAGCAGAUUCUUCUGGAAUGGUGUCGAUCCAAGACCAUUGGGUACCAGAACAUCGACAUCCAAAACUUCUCAUCCAGCUGGAGUGACGGCAUGGCAUUCUGUGCCCUGGUCCACUCUUUCUUCCCCACAGAGUUUGACUACAACGUCCUGUCCCCUGCCGACCGCAAACAUAACUUUGAGCUGGCAUUCAGCACUGCAGAGGAGAAAGCUGGCUGCGAUAGACUCAUUGAAGUGGAGGACAUGAUGGUGAUGGGAAGAAAGCCAGACCCCAUGUGUGUCUUUACUUACGUCCAGUCACUAUAUAACCACUUGCGCAAGUUUGAGUGAGAUCUCGGCCUCUUCGGCCCCUGCUGAACCCUCUGCACUGCCCCCUGCGGGACAAAACUGAACUUUGAUAUAGUCACUAUGGCAUGUGGCUGCAAAACGUCCAGGGGAACCCACACCAUUUCAAUUGCAUUUUAGUCAAGAAAAGAUCAUUGACAUGGUUUUUGUAUAAGUCACGCUCUUUUAGGAAUGGUGGCCUUUUUAGAAAUGCAUUACUAAACAGAUUGAAUUUAAAGGAAUAUUUCACCCAAAAAACUGAUGGUGAUACUGAUGGUGUACUCAUACUCAGGCCAUUCAAGAUGUUUGUUCUUCACUGGAAUGGAUUUGGAGAAAUCUAGUAUUAAAUCACUUGUUCACCAAUGGAUCCUCUGUAGUGAAUGGGUGCCGUCAGAAUGAGAGUCCAAACUGUUGAUAAAAAUAUCAUAAUUCAUAAAUUCCACACGACUUCAGUCCAUCAAUUAACGUCUUUUCUGCAUGUUUUUAAGAAACAAAUCCAUCAUUAAACCUUUUUUUAACUUCAAAAAGUUGCUUGCGGCUAAAACAUGAGUCCUCUGUCAUAAUAUUGUUUGUCCAGUGGAAAAAGUUGUCUUGUCUGGAGCAGAAAAGAAAGUUGCACAGAUCAAGCACCGUUUACAAGUGCAAACUGUUCUAAACAAAUAUGUUGGUGGAUUUGGAUGUGAGAGGAGAACAUGGGAUGGACUUUUCAUUGGGAAGUGUUAUUAUGGAUUAUAGAUUCGUAAUUUGGCAAAGAGUGAUCACAGUUUAAAGUUGAAAUGCCUUUAUGAUUGUUUUGUUUAUUAAAAUCACAUCUUUUUGAUGUUAACUGAAGUCAUGUAAACACCUUGUGGAUUAUUGUUAUGUUUGGAUGCUCAUUCUAACAGCACUUGUACACUAGAAGAUCCAUUGUGAGUAAGUGAUGUUAUGCUAAAUUUAUCCAAACAUCUAAGAUGGCCUGAGGGUCAGUAAAUGUACAUUUUUGGGUGAACUAUUAUUUUAAGAUAGUGGAUUAUGGAGCCAAUUUAUAGACUUCAAAGACAGAGACAUUUGAGAAAUGUACUGAUGAAAGAUAGAAAGAAAUAGCAAUGUACAGUUAAUAAGAUACAAUAUAUCCUUUGUUCUAAAAUAGACUGGCACAUUUUUUAUUACUGUUUUGUCUUUUUUUUUUUUUUUUUUUGAGGGGCUUAAGAGUUUCAUAGGCCACCUUGAGCUGCACAUUUCUGGUUGUCUUUUUGUACUGUUUCUGUAGCUUUGCCGAAGCUCAGAUACACAGCUCAUGUGCAAGACGUACAGUACAAAACAUACAGUAAGCACUGGAUCUGCAUUGUAACCAGAAAUGCUGUAAACCCUGUUUAAACUUAACAGUGAUCAUCACCAUCAGCAAGUGUGAUUUAAAUGUUGUUGUUUUGUUUUUUGAAUGCUUUUGACUCAUCUUAGCUUUAUGAAUGUUAUUUUCUUGUAAAAAAAAAAAAAAAGAAAAGAAAAAAAAUGCAUUUUCCCACACUACAUUUUUUGAAUCAGUAACAAUUACAAUAAACAUCAAAGAACAAAUGUUUCUUAGUUACAACUUAAAAAUAAGGAAUAACACUCCUGUAGAGGGCAUUCAAAUAAAUAUGAACAUAGAUGUGAAUAACAGUGAUCAUAAUGUACCUCCUAGUUUCUUGAGAGCAAAGAAGUGGUUUCCAAAACCACUUAAUUGUCUAAUUAAACUGUUGAUUAAUUCUAAAA